GGAAAGCAUUAGCAAUCGAUAGUAGUUUACCACCUCUAAGCAAAAAGUAAAUACAAAUAAACCAAUAUUCUAAGAUAGCUUUUAUAUUAAAAACCUCGACAAUGCAACGUGAAGAGAAGCAAAUGGAAAUGACGCUGGAUGCCAUCCUCAAUCGCUUAAAUGACUUAAAGAUAUCGAUCGGAGGGAUGAUACAGAAAUUGGAGACUGAAUACGAGAUCAUUAAUUGGCCAACAUUUCUUGACAAUUUCGCCAUUAUAUCAAGCCAUCUGACAGGAUUGUCUAAAAUUCUUGCAAAGGAAGUUUGCCCACCGUUACGAAAUCGUACUGUGCUGCCGCUUAUGCUGUCACCAGAACGAGAUGAAUCGUUGGUAAAUCUCACUCAAGGGCGUGUGCCGGUAUUUUCGCAUGACAUUGUACCUGAUUAUUUGCGCACUAAACCGGACCCUAUCACUGAACAAAAAAUGAUUCAGAGUGAACAGAAAGCUUCCAACUUGACCAUGGAAACGGCAAUGAAGCAAGUAACACAAUAUAAUAAGGUAGUUUCACACGUAUUAGACAUGGUUAGUAAGGCUCGCGAAGAGUGGGAAAUAGAAUCAUCAACGAGAGCAGGUAUUCAGCAAACUAGCAGUAUGGCGGACACUCAUGCUCUAGUAGCUGCCGUUGGAAUGGGCAAAGGACUGAAAGUUAAUGUUCCGAUGAAUGUAGCAUCAGGAGGACCUGGCAGUAUGAUGGUACCACCGCUACGCGCGUCUGCGCCCAUGACUUCCGUAAGUCCAGGUGGUGUUGGUCAAAUAAACAAGGCCCCCGCAGGCAUUAAAACCAAUAUAAAGCCUGCUAUGCAAGUUCAUCAGUUUUCCCGAUAGUUGGUAAAGUUUCAGGUCUUAGGGGAAAAUAUUUGAAAGGAAAGAAAUAAAAUUAGCGUAAUUGUAAGAAAAAUA